AUGGCGCAUGCAUCGGAUGCGGAGGAGAGGUCGAGGGCACUCCCGUGUGGCGAUCGCAGCUCCUCGAGGGUGGAUUUUCAGGUUACUUUAAAGGACUUAAGAAAACGAGUUUCGCGUCUUACUCGCCUUUGGAGCACUCCUGUCUGGAAAACACCGACAGAGGGCCUGCGUACUGCCGCCGCCGGGGGUAGUAGGGGUGGUGCUGCUGCUGAAGGCUGUGUCGCCUCUCGCCUAAGUCGGCGCACGCAGCCUGCUGGUGCAGGAAGGGCCCCUGGGAGCCUCCGCAGCGGAGCUCCAGGGGUACCACCUCGCCGUGAGUUGACGGAGGAGCAGAAGCAGGAAAUAAGGGAUGCUUUCGAUUUGUUUGAUACCGACGGAUCCGGAUGUAUAGAUGCGAAGGAACUAAAGGUUGCAAUGCGGGCCCUUGGCUUCGAGCCUAAGCGAGAAGAAAUAAGAAAGCUGAUUGCGGCCGCUGAUGCAGACGGCACGGGCACAAUUGAGUUCAGCGAAUUCCUCUCCAUGAUGACUCAAAAAAUUCUAGCUCGAGAUCCGAAGGAAGAGAUGUUGAAAGCCUUCCGCCUCUUUGACGACGACGGCACCGGCAAGAUAACGUUCAAGAAUUUAAAACGGGUUGCGAAGGAAAUUGGGGAGAACAUCUCGGAUGAAGAAAUACAAGAGAUGAUAGACGAGGCGGACAGGGAUGGGGAUGGGGAAAUCAACGAAGAAGAGUUUCUUAGGGUUAUGAGGAAGUCAAAUCUUUUUUAA